AUGAUGAUGAUGAUGAAUGGUGGGAGAAGCUGUAACAGUAGUGGUAGGUUUCCAUUCACAGCUUCGCAAUGGCAGGAGCUGGAGCAUCAAGCCCUUGUUUUCAAAUACAUGGUUUCAGGAAUGCCUAUUCCACCCGAUCUUCUCUGCACCAUUAGAAGAAGCCUCCACGACACUAACAGCAGCUCCAACAAGUCUUGCUUUCUCACUCCUCAAUCUUCCUCCUGCAUGGGGGUGGGGGUGGGGGGUUGGAAUGGUGGGUUCCAGAUGGGGUUUGGGAGGAAGAUAGACCCUGAGCCUGGGAGGUGCAGGAGGACUGAUGGCAAGAAAUGGAGGUGCUCCAAGGAGGCAUAUCCAGAUUCCAAGUACUGUGAAAGACAUAUGCAUAGAGGCAGAAACCGUUCAAGAAAGCCUGUGGAAAUGUUGUCGACUUCUCAACCCCAACCCCAACCCCCAAAUGCCAUUCCCAUCACCAACACAUCACUCUCUGUCUGUGUCACAAUCGCUCCUCCUAACAAAACCUCACUGCUGCCAAUGCCCAUGUCAAUGUCGUCUUCUUCUUCCUCCUCUUGUUCUUCUCUCUCAUCUUAUCUCACUCCUGCAAGCUCUGAACCCCACUUUCUGAGCCCUCAUUUCCAGUCCAGACCUGCUACUGCUGCUACUGCAGCUACUGCCAUGUCUCAAGAAACCACCACGAACUUUUUCUUGGAAUCUUAUCAUCCCCAGCAGUCACCUGGCAAAGGUGCUUGCAGGAACGGAAGCAUGUCCGGUGAUUCUACUUCUUCUUCUUCUUCUUCGUGGAAACUGGCACCACUGACAAUGGGGUCAUCAUCGCCGUACCAUCUUGAUCUCCCAGACCACCACCACUACUACUACGGCGGCGACAACAACCACCACCACCAGCUGCAACCAUCAUCUUUAAAUAACCUGCAGGAUAGAAUGGAGGAGGAGCACCACCAGUCCAAAAAAGUGAUGCACCAUUUCCUGGACGAAUGGCCUCCCAAGGAAAAAGACUGGCCAAGCUCUGAGAACAAAAUGGCAAUGGCAAUGCCCACCCCCAACCCCACCCCAAGAACCCAGCUCUCCAUGUCCAUUCCCAACUCACUGCAUGACUUCUUCAUGACCCAAAAAUGGUAA